CACGGACUCAACGCAUCCAAUGAUCAACAUGAUCAAUGACUGAGAGCUGAGCUUCUAUUCCAUUGCAAAAUUACAAGAUGUCGCAAGCCGCUCAACCUUGGUAUGAAGAUCUUCAACAGCCUCACCCUUUUAUCUUUCGCACAAGGAUAGGACUGCGCGCAAGGAUUCGCUGCAUAGUACCAUUCCCCGAGCUGUGGUCAAAUUAUUCAGCCAUGACGACUGUUUGGAGUAAUACGAAGCUGUUCGAUUCAGAGCUUGCUCAGCGCUUGGACUCCCUCGCGCUUGAUCAAACAAAAUGGAAAAAAAUGAUUUAUCACUUCAGAGAAACUCUUGUCGUUGCUGAAGAACAAACAUUGUACAUCAUCUGGCCAUCUGGAUCUGCACGUUCUAUCCAGAUAGAGCUUGAUAAACUUUCAAAAACUAAGGUUGUCCCAACCGACAAGGUCAAUGUCGCUUGGGCUCUGAGUCCAGAUAAGCCAUAUGAACCCUUCGUGUUAUUUUCGUACAGCAAGCUGGUCUACAUCUUCAAUGUACACACAAAAGUAAUUGAAGGAUGUCUCCGGGGUCAUGGAGGAGAAAUCACGUCGAUAGCGGUCCAUCCACGCGCUGCUCACAUUUUCUGUACGACUUCGCGAGACUUCACCUCUAGGUUGUACGAUCUUACACGUAGACCCCAGCUCAAACCGAACAAUCCUCCCUGGCCACCGUCACUUGAACCAAGUCUUGCAGGACCCGCACAUGGCCUGGACAUGUCUUUUGAAGAGGGGAAUGGAAUAGGACGCUGUGUCCUGAUCCUCAUGGGAGGCCGCUCUGGAGGUCAUCAAGCGGAAGUUUUUGGCGCGGCUUUUCACGACUCCUACCCAAUUAUAGCGACAUGUGGUAUGGAUCGUACAAUCAAAAUCUGGCACAUUUCCUACUUCUCGGAUCGUUCUGAACAAAAACUACUUAGGGAAGAUAAACCACUGUUUAGUAGUAGUAUGAUACACAAAGCAAGAGUUCUUUCUGUCAAUUGGUUAACUAGUGAUGUUCUACUCACUCAUAGUGCCCCUGCAAAGAUGCUUGUGAUAGCCAACCCUCCAGCAUCUACUGAAGGGCAAGCAAGCACUCAAUCUUCAGACUCAUCCUCUACUAUGCAGUAUGAUCAGGAUGAGCCUGGUUCUCUUACAUUAUGGAAAUGGCUAUCCAUCAAAAGAUUCUUUCCUCUGGGCUGGGACAAAGCAGCUUCUCGACAACAGGUACUACGCGGAUUCGGCAGUGACUACCAAGAAUCAGCGUCGUUCAGGAUGCUCUCCAGUUACUUCUUCCCUCCACAGACAAGCCAAUAUAUAACACCGACGUUAUAUUUCAGUCGAGGAAGCGAAGUACCUUUCGUCGUUUACUCAUAUCCGAAUACUCGACAUCUCAAUAUCGUGAACAUUGAAUUAUUCAAACCACUUUUACCUUCUCCCUCUCCGCCGGAUGAGGGUAACAAAUCAAUUUAUCCGGUUCAAAACAGACAGAUACAAGGUUGGGAGAUUGCUCUUGGCUCUACGUCCUAUACGGACGAGACAUUGGAGACUUGUAUCAUGAUUUCAGGCGGGAAAAUGAUAGUUGCCGGAGGCUCCAAAGGCUCCUUAUGGUUUUUAACCGUCAGAUCCUCAUGAAAAUUGUUCAUGUUUAUUUGAUUAGGAACUACUAUGAAGCUAUACCGAAGUACGGUGAAUAUACUUACACGUCAAUCGAACUUGCCUAGUCAGCUGUGCUUUUU